UAUCUGUCAAAUUGAAUCUGACAGCUAACAGCAGAUUGUUAUUGUGCAGUCCACACGUGUGUUUUAAAUUAUUAUAAAUUAAAAUACUAUUCAAAUGCAAGAAUAAUGGACGCCUACGAUAUUUUCAAGAAACUAACAAAAGGUUUAACGUUCAAAGAAAAAGUAUUGGGCGUUAAAAAUAAUGGCCAAACAACAAAACCAGCUGUCAAAAAAGAAGAAAAGAUAGAAAUAAAAGAAGAACAAAUAAGUGAAGAAGAAUUGGAAGAAGAGGAAUUGAAUAAUGGUGUGGAACACUCCGGAACGGAGUCAGAAGACCAGAGCUCUGACGAGGAGGCACAGGACGACUUACAGUUGGUCGAAGGAGUCAAAGUGAGACAGGAGAAGAAGAAAAAGCAGAAGAAAGAAAAGACUGAAGAUUUAAAAAAGAAAUUGGAGUUAGAAGAGCAAAAUCGUUUCCGCAAUGAGCAUGGCAUCAAAACAGUGGGACGUCACGUGCCGGCUGCACUGCAAGACUUCUCCGAGCUGGUAUCUCGGUAUAAUGUGUCGGAGGCGCUGGUGGACACUGUGAAACAGUGCGGAUACAGUGAGCCUACUCCUGUGCAGCGACAAGCUAUGCCUUGUAUGUUGGAAGACCGUCAAAUCCUCGCCUGCGCACCUACCGGAUCAGGAAAAACAGCUGCUUUCCUGGUCCCCAUUCUCCAUGCACUAGGGGCUCCGCAGGGUGGUCCCCGAGCUCUAAUACUAUGUCCCACGAGGGAGCUGGCACAGCAGAUCUACCGUGAAGCUCUCAGAUUAAGUGCCUCCAGUCAGCUGCGGUGCAGUGUUGUCAGGAGUAUUAAGGAGUCGAAGGUCAAGGAACGAGAGGCUACCAUUAGGAAGAGUGACAUAAUAGUGAGUACACCAAACCGUCUGUGCUAUUUACUCAACCAGGACAAUGUGAACAUUUCAUUAGACAAAAUCCGCUGGCUAAUAAUAGACGAGGCGGACAAGUUGUUCGAAGGUUCAGAGGACCAGUCGUCGGACUUCAGACAGCAGAUGGAGCAGAUCUUGGCGGCGUGCGGCAGCAAGCAGCGCCGCGUCGCCAUGUUCAGCGCCACGCACACGCCGCGCCUCGCGCAGUGGAGCCGCCGGCAUCUCAGGGGACUUAUUAAUGUCACUGUGGGGCACAGGAACGCAGCGACUAACUUAGUUGACCAAGAGCUUUUAUUCUGUGGCAAUGAGAGUGGGAAACUGGUGGCAUUCAGACAAUUAGUACAACAGGGACUGAAACCACCUGUAUUAGUGUUCGUACAAAGCAAGGACCGCGCGAAGCAGUUGUUCAAGGAGCUGAUAUACGACGGCAUCAACGUUGACGUCAUACAUGCUGACAGGACACAGCUGCAGCGAGACAACGUAGUGCGCAGUUUCCGCGUGGGCCGUAUCUGGGUGCUGAUCUGUACCGAGCUCAUGGGACGCGGUAUCGACUUCCGCGGAGUCAACCUCGUCAUCAACUACGACUUCCCACCCUCCGCCAUCGCUUAUAUUCAUAGGAUCGGUCGAGCGGGUCGCGCAGGGCAACGAGGACGAGCCAUCACAUUCUUCACACAGGACGAUGUGGCUAACCUUAGGAGCAUAGCGUCAGUAAUGAAGCAGUCAGGCUGCGCCGUGCCGGAGUACAUGCUCCAACUGCGCCAGGACCCCAACAAACGCAAGAAGUUGCUGUCCAGGGCGCCGCGCAGGGACAACAUCUCCACCCGGCUCGAGAAACGACCUGACAAACGUAGACUAGAAGCCGCCGACGAAGUAAUGAAAGCAGACAAGACGAAGCCGACAGACUCAAUAAAGAAUGCUAAAAACAAUAAAAACAGAAGGACACAGAACUUAGAACAGAAUAAACAGAAACACGACAACGCGGCAGACAGUAAGAAUAAUAAAAAGAGAAAAAAGAAGAAUUUAGGUAAUAAGAAAUCUAAUAAAAAAGUUGUUAAAGGUUAAAAUAAA